AUGGCAAUGGGGAAGAUUUUUCGAGUUUUUCAUAAAUUACCUCCAGAUCCCGACACGCCAUACAGUGUAAUUUUAGAGAGCAAGAACAGAGAGGAAACUGUGAUGUUUGAAUCGAACGCAGUAGUCAUUUUGUCGUCAGCAGAAGCAGACACAGUAAAGAAGUUUUAUAGUAAAAUUUUAGAUGCUUAUGCUUGUCUGGGUGUGCUAAAUCUUAAUGCUGGCAAUCAGAAGAUAUUGUAUUUAGUUCUGGUGACGACUUGUCUUUCUGUGGGUAAAAUUGGUGAUACAGAAGUUUUUAAAAUUACUGCUGUACAACUUGUACCUCUACGAAACGAGCCCAGUGAUGAAGAAAGGGUUGUUGAAGUCAGGAAACUUCUCAGCUCUGGCACGUUUUAUUUCUCUUGGUGUCAAUCUGGUAUUCCCUGGGAUCUCAGUCUCUGUGCUCAACGAAAACAUCAAGAUCAUGAAACAGAUAACAGAUUCUUCUGGAAUCGAUUACUACAUGUCCAUUUAAAACGAUAUGGUAUAGAUUGUGACCAAUGGCUGAUCAAGAUUAUGUGUGGAGCUGUAGAAAUAAGAACUAUAUAUGCAGCUCAUCGUCAAGCUAAAGCCUGUCUGAUAUCUAGAUUAAGUUGUGAACGAGCCGGGACCAGGUUUAACGUACGAGGAACCAAUGAUGACGGCCAUGUGGCUAAUUUUGUUGAAACUGAGCAGGUGAUAUUUCUGGAUGAGCAAGUAUCAUCAUUUGUAGAAACUCGAGGUUCGGUGCCAUUAUUCUGGGAACAACCAGGCAUUAAUGUUGGUGCACAUAAAGUUCACAUGUCACGAGGAUAUGAGACGUCAGCUCCAGCCUAUGAUCGCCAUCUACAAAUGAUACGUAAACAUUACGGGGAACAAGUUAUAGUUAAUUUAUUGGGUAGUAAGGAAGGAGAGAGAUUGCUUAGUCAGGCAUUUCAGAAUCAUCAUAAAGCUUCCUCACAUCAUGAUAUAGUUCCAUUCAUACAUUUUGAUUAUCAUGCAGAAAUCAAGGGCAGUAAUUUAAAAAAUCUGGAUAAAUUAAAAACUAAACUUCUUAAAAAACUUCAGGAGUUCGAUUUUUUUGCCAGUGAUGGAACAAAUAUUUUAAGACAACAGACUGGUACAAUCAGGUCUAACUGUCUUGAUUGUCUAGACAGAACUAAUGCUGUACAGACCAUGCUAGCUAUGGAGAUUUUGCCUGCUCAAGUAGAGAGUUUAGGAUUAUCAAACAAACCUCAGAUGUUAUCAAGAUUCCAGGAGGUUUAUAAACAGAUCUGGGCCUUAAACGGUGACCAUGUUAGUCGUAUCUACGCUGGUACUGGGGCGCUAGGUGGUGGUAGGUCAAAGAUCUCUGAUGCGUCAAGAUCGGCAUCUCGAGCUAUUCAGAAUAAUUUUCUAGAUAAUAGUAAACAAGAGUCAAUAGAUAUAUUGUUAGUUGGUAAUACAUUGAUGGGGGAACUAGCUGAUAAGGCAAGAUCCUUACUAACAACUCGCAGUCUACAUGCUACCCCUGGUAUAAUUCAUGGUAUGAUCAACAGAUAUAAAGAAUAUACCGAACCUAAAUCAUUACGUAUUGGUGUCUGUACUUGGAAUGUCAAUGGAGGGAAACAUUUUCGAAGUAUCGCGUAUAAACAUCAAUCGUUAACAGAUUGGUUAUUAGACGCUCAUAAAACGGUUUCCAUGGCUAGACCAGAUACAGAUUAUAACACCCCAGUUGAUAUCUUCGCUAUUGGAUUUGAAGAAAUCGUCGAUCUCAAUGCUAGCAAUAUUAUGAAGGCUAGUACAACUAAUGCUCAAGAAUGGCAGAAAGAAUUAAUAAAAACUAUAUCACGUGAUCAUAAAUACGUAGUUUUAAACAGUAUUCAGCUAGUGGGCGUUGUUUUAUAUGUUUUUGUUCGACCUCAACUAGCUCCCUUUAUUAGAGAUGUAGCUGUAGAAAAGGUGAAAACAGGCCUAGGGGGAGCCACUGGUAAUAAAGGUGGCGUAGCAAUAAGAUUUUUAAUACAUAGUACGUCUGUAUGCUUUGUUUGUGCUCAUUUGGCUGCGGGACAGUCACAAGUCAGUGACAGGAACGCAGAUUACGCUGAAAUUAUGAGAAGGAUGGCUUUUCCUAUGGGACGUACCAUCCAAUCCCAUGAUUAUGUAUUUUGGUGUGGUGAUUUUAACUAUAGAAUUGAUCUACCCGGUGAUGAAGUAAAGGAAUUGGUCAAAAAUGAGAAUUUUGGAGCUCUACAGGCUUGUGAUCAGUUGAAUAAAGAACGAGCUGAAGGAAAGACAUUUCAAGGCUUCAAUGAAGGAGUAACCAACUUUCCUCCUACGUAUAAAUAUGAUUUAUUUAGUGAUGAUUUUGAUACCAGUGAGAAAUGUCGAGCUCCAGCCUGGACUGACAGAGUUUUAUGGAGAAGACGACAUAUUUUACCACAGGAAGCUGAAGAGGAAGAUCCAGACUGGAAUCCUGGGAAAUUAAUUUUAUACACGAGAGCUGAACUUCGUACUUCAGAUCAUAGACCUGUGAUUGGACUGUUCGAUAUUGAAGUAUUGAGUGUAGAUGAAUCAGCGAAAGAGAGGGUCUUCCAGGAAGUGAUUGGUGAACAGGGACCACCAGAUGGCACUGUUAUCAUUUCCAUGGAAACAGAAAUGUCAGACGACACUGUCAAUGAGAUCGUGGAGUUGUUUAAUGAAGUGGGAGAAAUUAUUGUUGUCAGAUUUGUGGGAGAUGAUAUGUGGGUGAUAUAUAGAAAUGGUCAACAUGCAAUAGAGGCUUUAAAAUACCAUCAACAUCAGUUAUCAAGUGGUACUAUCAGUGUCAGGUUAAAAACUGAAGAAUGGAAACAAGUAAUUGAAGAUGAGAUGAAAUUGUGUGCGUUGAAUACAGAGGCCAUGUUUAAUGUUUUUACCAAUAGUUUAUUAGGAGAUGAUUUUAGUGUACCACUAUUUAUUUCGUAUGGCCAUACUAUUGAUCAUUUGUAUGGACCCUCAGUCAAUAACCUUGUAAUGGUAAAUUUGAGGCCCAUAGACGCUAGUAUUGAAGGAAGCAGCCCUGCCGUGUCUGAUGAUGGUGUUUUAGAUAUACCAGGAGGUCCACCCUGUCGACCCCAACCUCCAUCCCGACCCCCAGCAGCGCCUAGUUCUAGACCCACAGCACCAACUGACGGACCACAAUUAAUUGUUCCAGAGAAAACUAACAGAGUUUCUUCCGUUUCCCCAGAGGUAGGAAAGAAACCACCUGAGAGACCUUCAGCUCCUCCUGCUAGACCCCCACCCCCUCAACGUCCCCCUGGAGGUCCGCUCCGCCCAGCCCCUGGGUCCAAACCAGCUCCAGGUAAUAUUUAUUAUCAUAAUUUCAGACAGAAGGGGGUUGAUUUGGGUCUUGAAUCUAUGUAA